CGUAUCAAACUGGGGCUUAAGAGUCUCGUCAGCAAGGGCAUUCUGGUCCAAACCAAGGGCAUUGGUGCCUCUGGUUCUUUCCGCCUCAGUAAGAAGCCGGGGGACGUGAAGGAGAAAGCUCCCAAGAAGCGGGCAGCCCCGGCCAAGCCCAAGAAGCCGGCAGCCAAGAAGCCCGCCAGCGCCGCCAAGAAGCCGAAGAAGGCGGUGGCUGCAAAAAAGAGUCCUAAAAAAGUCAAGAAGCCGGCGGCUUCUGCUGCCAAGAAAGCCGUGAAGAGCCCCAAGAAGGCAACUAAAGCUGCAAAACCGAAAAAAGCUGCGGCACCAACCAAGAGCCCCGCCAGGGCAAAGACAGCGAAACCUAAAGCGGCAAAGCCUAAGGCGGCCAAGGCAAAGAAGGCGGCGCCCAAGAAGAAGUAA